AAAUGUUAGUUACUUCGUGCUAUGUUUGAGUUGUUCAGGGAAGAGAUAUAGCUUAAUUCUCCAAUACUCAAGUUUCCAAGGGAAACCAAUAUUUCUAAAUAUUCUAAUUUGAUUUGGAAGAAAUGGUCAAAUAGCCACUCCAUGUACAUAUCUGUUGGACUCAAGCUGCUAAUUCCCAGGUAUUUGUUUGACUUACCCGCGUAAAGUAGGGGUUUACCUCGCACAAUUUUUACACCAUGCUCUUGUCUUUCUUAAGGACCAAACAAUCAGAAUACAAUAUCAAAACAGAUUACUAACAUGGCUUGUCAUUUGUUUUUUGUAGUAUGGAACAUCAACGGUGUCAAGUCCCAGAAUUCCUCCCAUGAUUUUGUUUGCAUUUAUUCAGCUAGCAUGUGUGUAUCUCUUACAUACAGCUGUGACGUCAACUACAUCUUUGUGGUUUAUCUCAGCAUUGAUAUUUGGCAUAGGGUUUUCACUCUACACAGCCAUUAACUUGUAUGGAGUGUUAGCCAUGGAAAAUGGUCCCCCAGGACUGUCUGGAACAUCCCAUGCUAUCGUUGCCCUAGCAGCAAACGUUGGUGCAACCCUUGCAGGAAUUCCCCUGACGACAAUCAGCAAGUCUUAUGACUGGGGAGGUGUGUUUGUUGUCCUUGAACUGGCUUCUUUGUUCUGCGGCUGUUUGUUGAUUGGAGCACGAAAUGUCAGUAGGCACAUGAUUGAUCCAUCAAAGUUUGAAUGAAGAUUCUACACGAACAAAGAAACAUGGCCUGAACAUCCCACGUAAUAAUUACAUUCUGAAACACUUUUCCAAGGUUUAUCAAGUCUUUAGUCUAGAAAUGAACAAGUUAAACAUUAAAUUAAUUAUUUAAAUUAAUUUAAUUAUUUUAACAUUAAAUUAAUUUAUUUAAUGUUUAACUUGUUCAUUUCUAGAGUAAAGACUUGAUAAACCUUGGAAAAGUGUUUCAGAACGUAAUUAUUCUUCACCAUGUCGCCAGUUCCAACUGAAAUAUUCAAGACACAGUAAUGAACAUUUCAUUUUCCUUGUUUCAAGAUUUUUACAUAUUUGACAGGCAUGUAAGUCAGUCUCCCUUAUUGUGGAGGGCUGGUUGACUUAACGAUGUUUAAUUUCUUAAAGCCAUUAUAUUUGUUAGCCUAUUUUUAAAAUCAGAUUUUAAAAUCCAUAAAAUAAACAUUUAAAAAUAAGAAGUUCAAAAAAAAUAAUAAUAGAGUAAAGAAUUUUCAUAAACGUAUUUAUAAUUGUUUAUUUAUUAUAAGUAGUCAGCCUCUUAUUAAUUCAUGAAAUUAUCAUGGCAAUUCUAGUUGAAUUUUAGUUGGGAAUAUUCAUUAUGCCCUGCUCAACUGGUGAUAACAUCUUGCUUCAACUUGAUUCAACAUUGUUGGUUGAAAAUUGUAGAACAUACAAUCAUGUACUUAAUUGCCCUGUUAGAACAUGACUGUUGGAUGAAAGUUGAUUAAAUUAAACUUUGUCCUACAUGUUUCAACAUUUGAAAACGUGUGUUUGGCUUUUUGCCUCAAUUUUGUGUUUUGUGAAAAUUAUUGUCUUCAAAUCUUCUUCAAAUUGAAGAUAAUACUGUGUUACAAAAGUGAAGCCUUGGAGCCAACUGGCUCAUAGCUGCUAGAGCUUAUCCUGGUUUCUGUAGCA